AAUUAAAAAAAAAAUCCAUACCAAAAUUUUAAUAUGUGUGAUGAUUUCCGCUCCGCCAAUCUCGCAACCACACCGCCCCUUCCAUCCAAUUUCCGGGAUGGGCGAGAUGGAACGAUCGUUUGAUGGAGCAGUAGCGCAGAAACUCUACUUUUCAGAUAGGGUAUGUUUUGUUUGCCGUGUCCUUCCGCGCCUACGUGAUCGUGAGUCUGCUGAUUUCAAACUCAGAGGUUACCUUAUCUUUGUUGUCGACUUAUCCGAAUUAGUUAAUGGAUCUAACUCUAAGGGGGUUUUACACUACAAUAUCCUCCUCAAUUAUGGUCUUAGGAUGUCAGUUUGUGGUCUUGAUUCCACACUUUAUUUUGUUGAAUCUUGCUCCACCACUCUCACAGUACAGACCCUCGAUGUUGAAACCAAACAUCAAGGCUUGAACUUGAAGUUAGGCGCUGAUGAUUUAGGCAGCUUACCUCCUAUGUUGGGUCCCAAACGCUAUGCUCUAAUAGCAUCAAUUCCUCGCACUAAAAAGAUUCUAGUAUUUUCUUCUAUGUUCGAAGUGUUUCAUGUAGCUGAUGACGAUUUUGAUAAAUACGUUGAUUUUGAUUUUGAGAUGUAUGAUGUUGGAACCAAUACAUGGGAAAAACUACCUCCACUUGUUAUCCGAAAAUUCAAAUGUAAUGGUAACUCUAUGGAUCCUUCCUUUUCGCUGCUCCACGGGGCUGAAGUAACAGAGAUCCCUAGGAAUGCUAGGGAUAGAGAUUUUAGAAUAUAUAAAAUUUCUCGUUAUACUUUGAUCGAUGAGGAUGUAUUUCUAGUGCAACUUACUUGUGGUGUAAUGCUUACUCUUGAUCUCAAGUCUCCCUCCAAAGGCUGGAAACUAUACUAUGAAGGUAUGGUAACGAAGCCUAGUUCAGAUCAAAAUCUGUUUGUAGUGGAGGAUAAAACCGAAAUGCCUUGGUGUGCUUCUGAUAUUCGAGGAGAUAGGAAAUUCGGAAAUGUUGUUGUGUUUCCGCUAUCGUCGUUCGGUGAAGACGAUCCGUUGAAAGAGGCUCCUGAUUUAACCAUCACUGCUCUGGAGACUAAGGGUCAUGUCUGCAUUGUGCAAGGUGGCGUUAGUCGGAAGUCGAGGUAUGGUCAAGUCAUUAUGGAUGUAGUGAAUGUGCAGGCCGAGGUUGUUGCUUCUUGUAGAUUUGAGGUGCCGCAUAGGAUCUACUUGUUUGAGCCUCUCCGCAUCUUUGUUUACCAUCCAAAGUAAAGGUAAUUGUUGUUGUUACAGUUUUGUUUAUCAUACCUGAUACCUCUCUUUCGUAUAUUAAUUUUUCAUGUUUGCAGUGACACUUAUAUAUAGAGGAUCAAGCUUGUUACCAAGCUUUCCUUCUCGGAUUAGUUGUUGAAGACUAUCUAUUUCUUUAAUUCAAGUUUCAAGACUUAGCUUUGCUGAGGAAUAUCUAUUUCUCUAAUUGAAGUUUCAAGACUUCUGUCACCUUUUUCAUACCGUAAACAUUUAUCUUUAUCUAUUUCUAUAAUCGAAGUUUCAAUGAACAUUUAUCUUAUGACUUUGUAAGGCAAUUAUAUAUAGUACUCCGAAUAUUUUAUUACUCGUGAAGUCUGGAAUAGAAUGAAGUUGAAUUUCAAA